CUGACACUGGUCAGUCUUCGUCGUGGGCGGCAAUGCGACCUUACUCGCGGGAGCGAGCCAGACGCAGAGCCAACGAGCAACCAUGCAUCCGCGCCGCAACGCAACACAGCAGCAGCCGCCGCCCCAAAUGUCUACUGAACUGUUUCCGACUCCAAGCUGGUCGACCUCGUUGGCACCACAAGGGACGAUAUGCGGCGUGUAAUCGAGGCCCAAGUUGAAUCAUCGCUACAAAGUUCGUCGGCGUACUAACGUUGAGCCGAACCUCGGCAUGUGUCUCGAUCGACAUGCUCAGGCUGGACGGCACUAAAGUUACUACGCAGUACAUACCUUACAUGCGUGCGUACUUCGUAACGCGCCGCGGGUAUCGCCCGGACAUCGACCGAACCCGGCCGUAGUCCGGCGUACACGGUAGCUGACGAGGUUCGGCGUCUCGCGUCGAGUAACCGGGCGUUGACACUAUGCAUGUCCCAGUAUUCCUUCUUCUUGCUCCGGACGGGGCACCGGAGCAGGAAAACCACGCAAGCUAACAGUCAAAAACAUGGCCCGGCAUGCGUCCAAGGCGCGCCGUUGUCGCUCGACCCAAAGAGUCACGUCGCAACCUUCAAGUCGGCAUUGACAGCCCGCGGCCCAAUGCGGCGCCUGCGAUAUGUGGGUGCGAGCGAGCGCCGGAGCGCACAUCGGCCGGGAGGAGCAAGAGGGAAAAGAUGGGGCAGGCCGGGCCGAUCGUGCCAAGGAGGCCCAAGAAACGAUUGCCCGACCCGUUCGUUGGUCCGGAGGAGAGGAGACCCCCCAGGCCGGCCUACUUCGUCCUUCCCAAGUUAGUUGCAGACGAGAGGGGCCAAGUGCUUGGAUCGGCCAUCGGGACGACGUGGUCCGGGCCGUUGCAGAAGGGGACUCUGCCAAAGUGACGCCGGAAUCAUCCUCUUCUGUUCGACAUGCUCGUUGUGUAUUUGCCCAGUCCAACCCAGGCUCUCCUGUGUUUAGACGGCAACCCCCAAGAAGCCCAACUGCAGACAGCGCUCCAAUGAGGUUGGGCAGAUCGUUCCGGAUCUUUGUCCACUUCAUAUUUGACCCCUUUUGAGAAUACCGCAACUCAGCACGGCGUCGUCUUCCGCAAUUUGCCUUUGCAUGGGCAGCCGUCCGAGAGUAUUCUGCGCCGGCCAUGGCCACGAAACCGAACGACGCCGAGGCGGUGCCUGCCAACCGUCCACCAACAUCGUACACUGAGGACGACGGCCAUGACGGGGACAAAAUCGAGCCUUUUCACCAAGCACCCGGUGUUGAAGCCUAUCGGUCAGCGUCACACGUGUCUGGACCAGACCCCUUCCACCACAAUGCCGAUGGCCCAGCUCCCGACACCGACGAGGCAAACGAGAUGUACGACCGCCUUGGUGCACACCGCAAAAGCAUCAUUGUCGCCGUCUGCUCCUUCUGCGCCUUCCUCUCGCCCAUGUCCAGCACCAGCAUUCUGGCCGCUACCCCCGAAGUGGCCGCCGAGUACCACACUACCGGCUCCAUCAUCAACGUCAGCAACGCCGGCUACAUGGUCUUCAUGGGCAUAUCCCCCGUUGUCUGGGGACCCAUGAGCGAGGUUUUCGGCCGCCGGCCCGUUUUGAUGCUGACAGCUGUGCUCUUCUUCUUCCUCAGCUUGGCCACAGCCCUGGCCCCGAACCUGGCCUCCUUUUUCGUCUUUCGUGCCGCUUCCGCUUUCGAGGGGACCUCCUUCAUUCUUCUUGGCGCGGCUUGUCUUGGAGACAUCUAUCGUCCAACUGAGCGUGGUACCGCCGUUGGAUGGUUUUUGUCGGGAACGCUCGUCGGGCCGGCAUUCGGACCAUUCAUUGGUGGUAUCAUCGUAACGUAUGCAUCAUGGAGAUCCAUCUUUUGGCUGCAGACGGCCCUCUCGGGAACAGCAGUGCUCGGAGUCUUCUUUCUAGUUCCGGAGACGAUCCACCAUAGGAAGUACGCCGACCUAGAAGGCUACUCGGCGCCGGAUAGGAUGAAGGCGUUGCUGAGCAUGAUUAACCCCAUCAGACCACUGAGGCUAUUCCGGUACUGGAACCAGGUGCUCGUGGCCUGUGGCAGCUCCUCGCUGGUGUGGAACAUGUACAGCUUGCUGACGCCCAUCCGCUACGUGUUGAACCCGCGAUUCCACCUUGAAUCGCCUCUGCUCUCGGGUCUGUUUUAUCUGGCUCCGGGAUGCGGGUACAUCCUAGGUACCUUCGUGGGAGGGCGGUGGGCAGACAGAACCGUGCGUGUGUGGAUCAAGAAGCGCAAUGGAGUGCGUGUUCCUGAGGACAGGCUGCGAUCUGCGGUACCGUUCAUGGGCAUCUUGAUGCCUGCGUGUAUCCUCAUAUAUGGCUGGGCGGUAGACAAGGCCGUCGGGGGCAUCCCUCUACCCGUCAUUGUGCUCUUUCUCCAGGGCGUCGGACAGCUCUUCUGUUUUCCUUCGCUCAACACAUACUGCCUCGAUGUCAUGCCGGGCCAGGGAGCCGAGGUAACUGCCGCCAACUACUUUGUGCGGUACUUGGCCGGCUGUCUGGGUACAGCUGUGGUUCUCCCCGCCAUCGAGGGCGUCGGCGUAGGCUGGUUUCAGACCAUCUCUGCCCUUUUCCUAGUUGCCUCAACCGUCGGGGUCAUGGCUGCAAUUCGCUGGGGGGAAUCGUGGAGGAAGGCAACCGACACGAAGAUGGCGCGGCAAAGAAUGCGGAAAAGCCAGCUGACCCGGAGUGCAUCGCCGAUGACAGGCGUCGGCGACGUAGCAGCAGUGUCUGACAAGGAGAAAGAAGAGACGGAUACGGACAUGUGUGUUGCUGGGAAUGAGGAGGCGGCCCAGGUGAGAGCCAGUCGUCGCAAGCCGGGAGCACCGCCUGAGAAGAGCUUGUAACCAGAGUGGCCAACCAGGUCAACUCGCUGCUUGAAGGUAUUCUGCUUUACCCUGCAUCGCGAUUUCCUCGGCGCUAAGAAAUGCGGAUGCAUGGCUUGAUGGCAGAUGAGCAGGAUGUGUACCAGGGAAAGUAACAUCUGGAUUGAAGCUCCAGUUGUGGAGGUG